AUGGCGUUGAUCUACCGCUCUCCAAUCCUCCGAACAGCGCUGCAUCUGCCGGUAAAUGACUUCCGACGGCUUCCAAGCUCGUUGGUCUUCCCGCUGACAGGCAGUGAUCCCUUAGAUGCCAAGUUCGAUGUUAUCGGUGCUCCGUAUUCGAUGCUCUCCGUUUCUCUUUCUGCUUCGCAGAACCUUUAUACGCGACGAGGAACGCUGGUUGGAUUGAGUGGGAAAGCGGACAAUAUAUCGUCCGCAAGCCCGGUAACUGCCUUGAUAUCGGUUCAGUCGCCGGUGACAUCUUUCGCAGUCGUCCACCUCAAUGGGACGGUGGACUGGAUGGUUGCACAAAGACGGGCGCUGCUCGCAUGGACUGGUCAUUCGUUGUUUAUACGGCCGACCGUCAACACGAAUCUGGUAACCGGGCGAGGACUUCUCGCCCUCGUGGGCAAUGGACAGAUAUAUUCAGUGGAAUUGAAGGCGGGGGAGCAAUACGUGGCUCACCCUAGCAACGUUAUUGCAUAUACGAUAACAUCCAACCCGCCACGCCCGUACCGCUUCAAGUCGACAUCUUUACGCUUCCAAGUUCCAGAAGUGCGCCUGCCUGAGAUCUUCGCGAGGUCAAGAUUUAUCCGCGACAUGACCGCAUCGGAUACAUGGAAGACGUCGAUGAAGAUUCUCCACACCAUUCGGACGUGGGCCCGGAGGACGAUAUGGGGCGAUAGGCUUUUCCUACAAUUCGAAGGCCCUGCCACUAUACUCGUGCAGUCGCGCGCCGCUCGCGUUCGCGACGUCUUGAGUGAUCGCGAGGUCAACGAGAUUGCCGACGCACCGGCCGGAGCGACCUAUAAUGCUCUCAACCGGGCCGAAGACAAAAUACAGCCUGAUCGGAAGAGCGACUACCAGGUUGCUGCGGAGGAGGCUGUGUCGGAAGCACCUGUCCUGUCGCGGUCGGUCGAGCAGCUGACGAACGAGAUCAAGGGAACAAAGCAAAGCAUCGCCACUGUCCGAGACGGGAAGGUUGUAUUUGAGGAGCCAGGAUCCACGACGCAAGAGGCGAAGGAGACUCGCUAA